CCAGAGAGACAGAGAGAGGGAGCGGAGGUCACGAUGCAGAAAGUGAAGUUAAAGUGUAAGAAUCUUCACGAGUUUAUGAGGGAUCUGAGACCCGGAGUCCUCGACAAACUCUACAACCACCCGGCCACCUGCCUGGCGGUCUUCAGGGAGCUGCCAGUCUUGGCCAGGAAUUAUGUACUACGUUUGCUGUUUGUGGAGCAGCCGAUUCCCGAGGCGGCCGUUUCCUUCUGGGUCAAGAAAGAAAAUCACAGCGAGCUGACGCACUGUGUGAACACACUGACCUCCCUCAGGCUGUGGUUACCCCAACAGUUGCCGGGGGGGCUGCAGGGUUUGCUGCUGAACCCCAUCUUCAGACACAACCUGCGCAUCGCACUGCUUGGGGGGGGGAAGGUCUGGGCGGACGACACAAGUCAACUGGGACCUGACAAACACGCUCGAGAUAUCGUCUCCCUUGACAAGUACAGCCUGGAGCGUUGGGAGGUGAUUCUGCACUUUAUGGUGGGAUCAGCAAAUGCUGCCGUCAGUCAGGACCUCUCCCAACUCCUCAUCCAGGCCGGGCUGAUGAAAAGUGAGCCAGGAGACAGUCCGUGUAUAACCUCGGCUGGAUUCCAAUUUCUCCUCUUAGACACCAGUUCUCAGCUUUGGUAUUUUAUGCUCCAAUAUCUACAGACAGCAGAGGCUCGAGGGAUGGAUUUGGUAGAGAUUCUCUCCUUUGUUUUUCAGCUCAGUUUCUCCACCCUGGGCAAGGAUUAUACUGUUGAGGGGAUGAAUGAUUCUCUGUUGACGUUUCUUCAGCAUCUGAGAGAGUUUGGACUCGUCUUUCAGAGGAAGAGGAAGUCUAGACGGUUUUACCCGACUCGGCUGGCCAUUAACCUGGCGUCUGGGGUCUCAGCCUCUGCGAGAGACGUACAUCAGACAGGAUACAUCAUCGUCGAGACAAACUACCGAAUUUACGCUUACACUGACUCGGAGUUACAGAUCGCAUUGGUGGCUCUGUUUGCCGACAUGCUGUACCGAUUCCCAAACGUGAUCGUGGCUCAACUGACACGGGAGGGUGUACAGCAAGCCAUCGCUAACGGCAUCACAGCCGACCAGAUUAUACACUUUCUGAGGACCAGGGCUCAUGCUGUGAUGCUCAAACAGACACCGAUUUUGCCUACGACCAUUACUGACCAGAUCAAACUGUGGGAACUAGAGAGAGACCGACUGCGCUUCUCAGAGGGGGUGCUGUAUAACCAGUUCCUGUCCCAGAUGGACUAUGAAGUGGUCAGAGACUUUGCUAAUGACCUUGCGGUGCUGGUUUGGGAGAACCCGGCCAAGAGACUAAUGGUCGUCACCCCCGAGGGUCACCCUGAUGUCAAGCGCUUCUGGAAACGACAGAAACACAGCUGAGGGGGGUGGGG